GAAACAAAAAUCGACGGUCAUGAUUUUUCGAAAUAUAUGCAACAAAUUACAUGGACAAUCUUAGGGGUUAAGCUCUAUAAUUAUGAAAACUAAGACCUAGGGUUUACUCAUUAUGGGUUAGGGUAUCGUAUCAUGCCCAAAAAUCCGGUUAAUUCGAGGUCUAAAUAGAGUUUUCUUACUCAGGGUAUAUCGUACCCUAGAUUUUACCCAAGGUACGAUAGAAGCCACCAUAUAUGUAUAUAAGAUAUAUAGUAUUCUAAUAAACUCCCAAUAUUAAAUUUGGGAAUUAAUCACGGGGAAGACCAUGCUUGCCCCCGAGAAUAUUCAGAUUCUCGCCGGCAAGGGGGGCAAUUGAUAUACCCAAUGUAAAAAUAUUUUUACAGAACCAACUCACCAUCUGCUCAAAUAGUUCAUUAUUGCGCCUGGGCCGACAAUCGUGCUCAGCCCAAGACUUUUCGGUGAAGUGUUGGGCCAGGCCCGUCCAGCUCUCAUCCGGUUCCCGGCGCCCGGGCCUGCUAUCGUUCCCAGACCCUGGCUCCCGGCACCCGGGCCCACCAUUGUCAUGGCUCCCGGCGGCGGGCCUUCACCUCCAAUCCGGUUCCCGGCGACCGGACCCGCUAUCGUUCCCGGACCCCGGCACCCGGGCCCACCAUUGUCAUGGCUCCCAGCGGCGGGCCUUCACCUCUCAUCCGGUUUCCGGUGCCCGGGCCCGCUAUCUUUCCCGGACCCUGGCUCCUGGCACCCGGGCCCACCAUUGCCCCAGCUUCCGGCGGCGGGCCUUCACCUAUCAUCCGGUUCCCGGCGCCCGGACCCGCUAUCGUUCCCGGAUCCCGGCACCCGGGCCCACCAACGUCAUGGCUCCCGGCGGCGGGCCUUCACCCCUCAUCCGGUUCCGGGCGCCCGGACCUGCUAUCGUUCCCGGACCCCCGCACCCGGGCCCACCAUUGCCCCGGCUUCCGGCGGCGGGCCUUCACCUCUCAUCCGGUUCCCGGCGCCCGGACCCGCUAUCGUUCCCGGACCCCGGCUCCCGACACCUGGGCCCACCAACGUCAUGGCUCCCGGCGGUGGGCCUUCACCCCUCAUCCGGUUCCCGGCGCCCGGGCCCGCUAUCGUUCCCGGACCCCGGCACCCGGGCCCACCAUUGCCCCGGCUCCCGGCGGCGUGCCUUCACCUCUCAUCUGGUUCCCGGCGCCCGGGCCCGCUAACGUUCCCGGACCCUGGCUCCCGGCACCCGCGCCCACCAUUGUCAUGGCUCCCGGCGGCGGGCCUUCACCUCUCAUCGAGUUCCCGGCGCCCGGGCCCGCUAUCGUUCCCGGACCCUGGCUCCCGGCACCCGGGCCCACCAUUGCCCCGGCUCCCGGCGGCGUGCCUUCACCUCUCAUCCGGUUCCCGGCGCCCGGGCCCACCAUUGUAAUGGCUCCCGGCGGCGGGCCUUCGCCUCUCAUCCAGUUCCCGGCGCCCGGACCCGCUAUCGUUCCCGGAUCCCGGCACCCGGGCCCACCAUUGCCCCGGCUCCUGGCGGCGUGCCUUCACCUCUCAUCCGGUUCCCUGCGCCCGGGCCCGCUAUCGUUCCCGGACCCCGGCUCCUGGCGGCGGGCCUUCACCUCUUGUCCGGUUCCCGGCGCCCGGGUCCGUCAUCGUUCCCGGACCCCGGCUCCCGGAACCCGGGCACACCAUUGCGCCGGCUUCCGGCGCCGGGCCUUCGCCUCUCGUCCGGUGCUCGGCGCCCUCGCCCGAUACUGAUUCCGAGCUCCGCCCUCCUCCUGGCGCCCGGGCCCGCUGUCACCCCCUCCUCCCGGCGCCCGGGCCCGCUGUCGCCCCCUGCUCUCAGUACCCGGAUCCACAUCUAUUCUCCCCACCUGGAUCCAUUGCAUGUACUUCUACCUGCACAUGUGUCAUGCCCUUUACUCAAUUAGUUUGCAUAUGGCAAGAGUGUUCCCCUUAGACAGAAACAUGGUUGACAUGUGUACAACCACAUGGCGGGUGCAGAUGGGCCUAUACGACACAUGUCUAGUGACAUGUCUUUCCUUCAUCCCUGGUACCCACACCUGUCCUCCCGUUGUCCCCCUGGUAGUUACUAUAUAACUAGCUCAUUCUCUCCAGUAAAAGGGAAGGCAGGAGACCGGGGGAAAUACCUGGAGAGCGCCCACUGCAAUCAGUGACUCCCACCCCCCCGAGCUCACCUCCUACAAACACUUUGUAAACUACUCAAUCCCCCACACUAGGGACUAACUUGAGCGUCGGAGGGUGCCCCCGCCGAGAUCGGCCGGCGGGCUCUUUUUGCAGGAUGCGAUCGGAGGCAACGUCACGAAAGAAGGUUACCGUAAAGGGGCACUUUAAAUCGCUUCGGGGCCCAAGAUCGAGGAAGUCGACAUCGGUUACAACCUCGGCAUCAACAAUGUGCUUCAGGGAUUUUGCAUAAUGGAAGACAAGGAGCACUCAUUGCGGCUAAUCUCUUACUCUGGCACUAUAAUGCCCAUGAUACUAGUUCCUGAUACUUGAAAACCAGUGUUUUGUUAUAGAAUACAUUUUGUGAUUUGGGGAUGCUAAAUACUGGUUCAUUUCAACAAUAAUAUAAAUUAAGUAGAUAAUUAUCCACACAAAACAAAUAUCCAAACAACACAGACUAAUAUCCGACUUUGCAGACUAAUAUCCGUUCACAGUAAAAAAAAUGUCCACACCACCCAGACAAAUAUCACACCUUUAAAAACUAAUAUCUGAUGAUGCCAUAAUUAAUAUCGUCACCAUGAUAGACUAAUACCCACCACACACAGACUAAUAUCUAAACCCUAAAUCAAAACCCAAACCCUAAACCGUAAACCCUAAUUCUAAGUCCUAAAGUCUAAACCCUAACACUAAACCCUAAAUUGAUGUAAUCAUAUACAAAUAAGUAGAUAAACACCACAUAAAACAAAUAUCCAAACCCACCCAGACUAAUAUCCGUUCACAAUAAAAAAAAUGUCCACACCACCCAAACUAAUAUCCCACCCUCUAAGACUAAUAUCCGCUGAUACCAUAAUUAAUAUCGUUACCAUGAUAGACUAAUACCCACCACACACAGACUAAUAUCUAACCUCCCAUCACAUAAUAAUAUCUUAUCACCAUAAACAAAUAUCGUUGUAUUCAUAAAAAUUUCCACAAUAUCGUCUUCUAAAACCUAAAUCAAAACCCAACCAACUACAUAUAAACUCUAAACCCUAAUUCCUAAAAAAUAAACCAUAAUCACUAAACCACAAAAACUAAAAUCCUAAAUUAUAAUCACUAAAUCAUAAACAUAGAUAAACACCACAUAAAACAAAUAUCCAAACCAACCCAGACUAAUAUCCGUUCACAAUAAAAAAAAUGUCCACACCACCCAGACUAAUAUCCCACCCUCUAAGACUAAUAUCCGAUGAUACCAUAAUUAAUAUCGUCACCAUGAUAGACUAAUACCCACCACACACAGACUAAUACCCAACACAGACAGACUAAUACCCACCACACACAGAUUAAUAUAUGGAUGUCUUAGAC